UCAUGAACAAUGAAUUCACUUUAUUCAUCCUGUUGGAACACCUCUGCUGAACUUUUGAACAAAUCCUGCAAUAAAGAGAUUGCUUAUCAAACCCUCAGCAUUGUGGAUACAAUUAUCCUCCCUUCUAUGAUUGGGGUUAUCUGUUCACUGGGGCUGGUUGGCAACAUCCUCAUUGUAUUCACUAUAAUAAGGUCCAGGAAAAAAACUAUUCCUGACAUUUAUAUCUGCAACCUGGCUGUGGCUGAUCUGGUCCACAUCAUUGGAAUGCCUUUUCUUAUUCAUCAGUGGGCACGGGGAGGAGAGUGGGUGUUUGGGGGGCCUCUCUGCACCAUUAUCACAUCCCUGGAUACUUGCAACCAGUUUGCCUGUGCUUCCAUCAUGACUGUAAUGAGUGUGGACAGGUACUUGGCUCUCGUCCAACCAUUUCGACUUACAAGUUGGAGAACGAGGUACAAGACCAUCCGCAUCAAUUUGGGCCUUUGGGCAGCUUCCUUUAUUCUGGCAUUGCCUGUCUGGGUCUACUCGAAGGUCAUCAAAUUUAAAGACGGCGUGGAGAGUUGUGCUUUUGAUUUAACAUCCCCUGACGAUGUACUCCGGUAUACACUUUAUUUGACAAUAACAACUUUUUUUUUCCCUCUGCCUUUGAUUUUGGUAUGCUAUAUUUUAAUUUUAUGCUAUACUUGGGAGAUGUACCAACAGAAUAAGGAUGCCAGAUGUCAUAAUCCCGGUGUUCCAAAGCAACGAGUGAUGAAGCUGACAAAGAUGGUGCUGGUGCUGGUGGCAGUCUUCAUCUUAAGUGCUGCCCCCUAUCACGUGAUACAACUGGUGAACUUACAGAUGGAGCAGCCCACGCUGGCUUUCCAUGUGGGUUAUUAUCUCUCCAUCUGUUUCAGCUAUGCCAGCAGCAGCAUUAAUCCUUUUCUCUACAUCGUGCUGAGUGGAAAUUUCCGGAAACGCCUGCCUCAAGUGCAAAGGAGAGUGACUGAGAAGGAAAUCAACAAUAUAGAAAAUACCUUGAAAUCCAGCUUUUAGGAGAGCACACGUAUCACCAAAAGUCUAGAUAGGCUUGUCUAUGUUAUUGGUAUUAUUGAAAGAGCAGGUGAAACAGUGUGCUUAUGUCCAUCCUUCCAGUGUAUUUGUGACUCUCAGUAGCAUGGAAUGGAAGUGUAACCAUUCAAAUGCAAUGAGUUUAAUAUGCUAACUUUAGUAAGAUGUAAAAUAUUUGUUCACGUUGGGAGUAUAGAAAGGGAUAGUCUAAGAUCCCUGAGUUCCAUGGUUAUGGGUGUUACUUCAGCAUAUUAUAAACUAGUCACUGAUAAAAGGGCCAUGACUAUUGACUGAAAAUUCACCAAGGAAUCUGGCCUUGCCAUCCAUACUUUGGCUUCACAGCAAUAGUGCUCUUGAGAUUCCUAGGAGGGAAAAACCUUAUCAGGAAGUCUUAAAUUUGGCCAUUUUUUAUCUACAAAAUUUCACAUGAUUCAAUCUAAUGCCUUCAAUAAUCAGCUCCAUCUGUUAGCAUAACAGUUACCAUGUAUUGAACAUAUGCAAUAUGUAAGGUUACAUGUAACAAAUCCAUGAGGUAAGUAUCAACCCAAUUUACUUAGGCUCAGAAAGGUUAAAUGAUAGGCUUGAUGUUGAGCAGCUUCAUAACAGCUGGGCUAAAAUCCAGGUCUGCCUGUUUCUGUACUUUGAAAGCACACCUUGGCAACCUGUACUAUCAUACUGGAGAGUGUCAAUUAUUUGGGAGGGGGGAGGAUUUGCUUUCUCCUACAGUGCCAUAAGAAAAGAACUGAUUAAGAAAUUGGUUGAUGGUUUAAGAAUAUUCUUUUGCAUUUAGCUUUGUUCUCAUGCUUAUGAAUUACAGAAAGCAGUACAUGCGUUUUAAUAAUAGUAUUCUUCAGGAUGUGAGGCAUACACUCAGAUACAUUCUCUUUAGGUUACAGUAUGUUUGCUCAAGAGUCCAAAAGUAAUUAGCCCUUAAAUGUGUACAUGUUCAUUAUAGCUACCUUUUCUUCUUUGGGUUUGUAUAAAACAUGCAUUUUGUGCAGAAAGAAAAGAAAGAAAUGAUUUUAAAGCCUGUAUUCUCAACAAAGGUAAACACUGCUAUUUUAUUUGUGGAUGAAAUCUAUAAACCCACCCACUUCAUCUAAAUUCAUAGAAUCACUUGCUUCAUGAACGUCUUAAACUCACUUUUACUCAACCCUUUACAUGAAAGAGUCACAGAGACCAACUUUUUUAACAAUCUGAUUUCCAUUUUUAUAUAUCAAUUGUCAAGACAUAUGACUUUUAACCCAAUGUAUUUGGUUCUAGAUCUUUUAGAGACCAUUUUGAAACAAGGGAAUAUAUAAACGCACAUCUCGAUGAAAGUUCACAUAAACAACGUGAUACAUACAGGUCACAUUGAGGCAUUUUAGUUCUGUAACUGAGCUCUGCAGAGCUACACCCAGAGCCUAGAUGCUCCUUUACAACUUCAGAAAAAGCUGUAUCAUGGCUACAAUUCCAGGGGCCUUUAUUCUCACUUUCCUAUGGUGCAACAGUCAGGGUUCAGUGAAUAACCCUGACAUCUGAAGACCCAAAACCAUGGGUCAUCAACAGAUGUUGUCAUUUGGUAAUUGAAAAAUAGUUGAAGAGUUUAUCUCCAUCAUCUUUUUUAUUACAAAAUAUAUUAUGAUUUUAAAGAUUAAAAUUAUUUUAAACCAACAUACAUUUUUCUAAUAGCAUCUCCAAUAGAUAUCAAAUAAUUCCAAUAUGUAAAUUGGUCAGUGAUUUCUUUUAAUUUACAUUUAUUAAGAGUUGUAAAGAACUUUAGCAUUUAAUCAAAGUGCAAAGUAAAAAGGAUGACUAUUAAAUUCA